CAGUGCGCGCCCCCGCCUCUCCCCGAUUCCGCUCUCGCUCUCCCCGCUGCUGCCUGGCCCUCAGUCCCGGUGCCCGGAGCCAUGACCUGCCGCGGGUUUUGGGCCGAGCCAGGAGUUCCCUGCCCCGGGGCCGAGCCCCGGAGCGCUUUUUCCAGCUCCUCCCUCCCGGCCGCGGCCGCGGGGAUGGGCGGUGGCGGAGGCGGGCGGCAGCAGCGCUCCGCCCGCGGGGCCGGGCGGGCCGGGGCGGUGGGAGCCGAGGACAAAGGUGACCGUGCGGGAGCCGUGCCCCAAAGCCCCCUCGCACCAUUCGAGCCCGGAUCCAGCGCUCUCACGGCCACCACGGCCACGCGCGUGUCGUUGAUGCCGGUGACCGCCGCAGACCGGAGGUAGAGCCCAGGGCGCGGAGCCAUGAAGCUGAACGAGCGGAGCUUGGCUUUCUACGCCACCUGCGACUCCCCGGCCGACAACGCCGGCUUCCUCUACAAGCGCGGCGAGCGGCACACGGCCUAUCACCGCCGCUGGUUCGUGCUCAAGGGCAACAUGCUCUUCUACUUCGAGGAGCGGGACAGCCGGGAGCCCGUGGGCGUCAUCGUGCUGGAGGGCUGCAAUGUGGAGCUCUGCGAUUCGGCCGAGAACUUCGCCUUCGCCAUCCGCUUCGGCGGCAGCAAGUCCCGCACCUACGUGCUGGCGGCGGAGAGCCAGGCGGCCAUGGAGUCGUGGGUGAAGUCGCUGUCCCGAGCCAGCUUUGACUACAUGCGGCUGGUGGUGCGGGAGCUGGAGAAGCAGCUGCAGGAGAUGAGCCGGGGGCUGCCCGCAGGAUGCGGGGGCUCCCAGGACGCUCCCGGCCCUUGGAAGCCGAAGCCGUCGGGGCUGGAGCAGUGCCGGGAGCGGCUGCCGGCUCUGCCCGCCACCCUGCCGAAGGAGAACGGCUGUGCGGUGUGGAACAACGUGCCGGGGGCGGGCCGGCCGCCCGACACCUCUGGCUGCGGCGGGCACGACGAGGAGGGGACGCCGCGGCCGCCGCCGCUGCCGCCGCGCAGGCGGGCGUCGAACGGCGAGGCGGCGAGCGCCGGGGCGGCCGUGGCGGGGAGCCCGUCCGCCUUCUGCCGGCUCCACGAGCAGUACAGCCGGGAGGUGGCCCGGCUGCGGCAGGACUGGCAGCAGAAGCGGCGUGGCUCCCAGCCCUGAGCGGUGGCUGAGCCUUGGGGACCUACCAGGAGCUGGGGCAGGGUGGAGGUGGCCAUCCUUGGUGAUGGCCCUGUCCUCUGCUCACCCCGGGGUGUGCAGAGCUGGCUGUGGUGGUGAUGGACAAUUGCUGGUGGUGCCAGCGAGGGCUGGGCACCAAGGGACAGCAGUGCUGCUCUGUGAUGGUGAAAUGGGCACCACAGGGGUACCCUCCAGCCAUGCCCCCAUGUGGGUGUGGAGUGCUCCACUGAGCACAAGCAAAUUACAAACCACUCACUGCCUGAGAUCUCCUGGAAAUCGACCUCUGCUCUGGCUCUGCUGGGGCCUCUUGGUGCUCUUGCAGUGGAAUCACGCCUUGGCAACUUCUGGAGGAGGAUUGGGAUGGGACCUCGCCUGCCUGAGCUCCUGUGUGGGUUCCACAGUGGAGAGCCUGCUACUGACUUCCCCUCCUGGCCCAGCACAAGGCUGAGGUCGGCUGAGCUCUGCCAGAUCCCUCUGCUCCAGCAGGAUGUGGUUUCAAAUGAAAAUAUCAGUGAGUGCAGCCCUUCCUUAAUGGCAGCAGCAGCUCCGCACGCUCCGGGGAGCUGGUGACACCCAGCCCCGGGCAUUACACAGGGAGCAAUUGCUGUUUGCAGCCUGGAUGGUGAAUAUGGGGGGGUCAGAUGUGGGAAUUCAGCAGCUGCAGGCACUGCUUUGCUGGUGGGUAUUUUGGGACAGCACAUCAUCCCCGUGCCAGCUCACUAAGGGGAAGCAUCGCUCGUGGUGGCAAAUGGGAACGUGUGUGUCAGCAGCAGCAGAGCGUGAGGAAUGAUUCAUGUGCCAAACCAGAGCAAAGCUGGUGUCUCAUGCCUGUGUUUUUAUCUUAUUUCCACAUCAGAAACUCAAGCUUCUGGCCCAGAGGUGGGGUGACCCACCCUGGAGCAGUCAGGGUGCCCUGGCUUAGGGCUGGGUGGCUCCAGCUCCCUUUGCUCCCUUGGGGCAGGCACAAGAUUUUUCUACAAUAAAAGUUGUUUCAGAACUUCCCUCCCAUCCAUGGUCCUUGUUUGUGCCUCUAAGCCCCUGGGGAGGGGGUCCAAGUGGGAAUUAAUGCUUUCUUUUAAUUCUCCUUCUGUGCCCACCAUGUCUGUGGGGCUACUCAGGCACUGUGUCACCUGAAGGGGACAUGGCCAAUGCCAGGGCCUUGCAGUGCCCUGGAGCCCUGAAUCUGCCUGCAGGGAUGGGGUGAGAUGGGAUGGGCUCACCCUGGGAAUAUCAGGACACCCAGUGCCAGGGUGGUCCCAUGUCAGGGCAUGUCUUAACCAGGACAAAAUAUCUGUCCCCUUGUUGAUGCUGCACAGGGACCAAGGACUCUGCCCUUGUGAAAGUGGCCAGCAUGUCCCCAUGUCCCUGCCCACACAUCCCACCUGCAUGAAUGCCUCCAGCUUCUCUUCAACACGGGGUCUGGCAGAGAUUGGGCAAUCACUUCUUGGGGAAACCGAGGCAUAAAGCCAGCCAGGGUCACCUGCUCACCGAGAGCCCUGCAGAGCAUGGAGCCUGUCCCUGGCCAGGCAUGGCAUCCCCCUAUGGAAUUUGGCAUUUGGAGCAGUGCCAAGGGCAGCCAGGGCGCAGCUGCACCCGGAGCACCCAGAUGGUUCUUGUGGCUCCGCAGGGGAAGAUUCUGGUUUCCAUGGCAGCUGGCACAGCUUCUCCAGACGUUCAGAUAUCCAUCAAAAAAAAGUCCUUCUCAACAUGUUAGCUGACAAACAAGCUCAAACAGAUAUGCAACAUAUGGAUUUAUUAAUUCAUCAGACACAAACAGCCCUGCCUCGUGUCAGAAGCUGCCGGCUUGCCCAGCGAUGGAACAAGAGCCGCGCUGGGGCACGGUGCCAUCGGCAUGCCAGCCUGGACAGGGCUUUGGGCAACCUGCUCUAGUGGAAGGUGUCCCUGCCCAUGGCAGGGGGUCGGAGUAAGAUGAUCCUUAAGGUCUCUUCUAAGUCAAACCAUCCCAGGAAACGAUGAUUUUAUGAUAAACCAAGCUGAAACUCACGCUGGAGGAUGCUGAGCUACCCCAGGAGCAGGAGCAAACCUGCAGCAGGGAUGAGCACAGGAAUUUCAUGGGGCGGGAUCACACCCUGAGCCAGACUAAUCCCAUUUAGCACCCUCUUUCUUUAUCCCCCAGUCACUGGGAUAAUGACAGCCCUCGCCACAAUCCCAGAGCAAAUUUGUGACUUCUGAGGCUGCCAACACCAGGCACUGGGCAAGUGUGAGAGGAGUUCCCAUUGCAUCACCUCCAGAGAAAACACACCCCAAGGCCAGAGUCAUAUCCAACUUCUGUAUUUAGUGGCUCUUUACAGAACUUGUUCCUUCCAAAAUUGUUAAACAAAGUUCAUCGAUCCCAUAGAAACUUUUGAAGUACAGAACAUGAGCCUAACAAAAACGUGACCGGUGUGUCCCGCUGGCUUUCAUACAACAGGAUUGCCGUGCUCAGGACUAUCCUAAGUGCUUCCUCAAUUCCCGUUCCACUAAAGCUCCCUCUAGCACACAAAGGAGAAGGCAGUCAGUGGUCACACCUCCACCUUCCACAGCACGGUGGCAGAGCAGCCGUGGGGCUCCUCAGGGCAGGAGAGGCAGGCAAGGAGAGCUGUGCCCUCACCCAGCAUUGCUCGUCCACUACCACCCGAGUACAAAAAUACCUUCUAUUCUGAUAAAAACAUCGACAGUGGAAAAUCAGUCAACGCACCGCCUGGGAGCCUGGCAGGGCCUUGGUGGGCAAUGGCUGAUGCUGUGUGGGCAGGGACAGGGCAGAGCAGCCCAGCGUGGGACACUCCACAUCGUUUAAAGGCAUUUUAUUAGCAGAGGCCGGCCGGAGGCGGUGGGGUCAGGGAUGUGACAGGGAGCACACCGGGAUGGUGCCACCACUGAGCUCCUGUGUCUGCACAGGAUGAGCCCUGGAAAGGCAAAGCUUGGUGGUGCUUUGCCCAGCUCGGGGUUGAGCUUGCCCAGUUUAGGCAGGAGCUUGAUGUGGCAUCCCAGAGCUCAUCCUGGCAUCACUGACGUCCACUACCUGGGACAUGGCUGUGGGAAGGCGAUGCUCUUCCUGCCCAGGUGCUCUCCCUAAAAAAGUGCUGGGCUGUGAUGCUGGAGCAGCCCUGAGCAGGGCUCAGCCUGCGAGUGGGUGUCUCACAAUUUUUGGGUGCUCACCUCAAGCACUGCUGCUCCAGGGCCAAGGCUCGGAGGCUCCAUCUUUCUCUUCCCUGAAUGGACGUGGAACCUGGAUGCCAUGAUGUACAUCCCCAGCAGGAUGGUACCAUCCUCAAGCACCACACCCAGGGACAUUUUCCCUUCCCACUCCCAAAAUCCCAAGCUCACUCAGGUUGCUUUCUUUGCUUUUGCCUCAUUUUCUCUCCUCCUUUGGGAGCUGGCACGAGCUGCACCACGGCGGAUGGCAGCUGCCACUGGCCGCCGGCUGGAGGAAGCGCGAGGGACGGUGUUGGGACCAUGCUACAUCUUGUUCCAGAAGGCUAUUGCAGACAUUUCUACAACAUAUACAACCGCACGGGACAUUCUGUGUUACAAAGGCUUCCAAAAACAUAAACCACCAGAACUAAAUACAUA